AUGUUUAGUGUUUUUGUGAUAUUCCGGAAUAAAUUCUUUCCCACUGUAAAUUGUGCUGAAGAUUUUCUGUCAACCACUGUUUUAUUUAAUGCCAUGGCUGGGCCUCUUGAAGAGAAUUAUGCCAAACCACUUUAUGCUGAUGGAAAAUAUGACAACCCGUUCCCCACUUGGAAACAGCCAAGGGCAUUUGAUUUGUGCAAAUAUUUUUUUUGUGAUGCAGAUAACAGCAACAUCCCCAACCAAAAAGAACUUGAUGUGACUCUUCCACUCCAUCACCCAGACUUCAAAGAAUUCCAGUCACCUCCUGUUAACGGCACACGAGUUGUUUGGCUUGGGCAUGCAACUAUGCUAGUGCAGUUUGAUGGUGUUACAAUCCUUACUGAUCCUAUCUUCAAAGGCAACAAACAAUGGAUGGAAGAUACUGGUUGUUCGAAUGUCAAGGAGAUGACCUGGUGGCAAGAGGAGACAGUCCCAAAUCAUCCAGAUAUCAGAGUGGCUUGCACGCCCUGUCAACACUGGAGUUCUAGAACAGGCAUCUUGGAUGUGAAUCAGUCCCUUUGGAGUAGUUGGUGUGUGAUUGGACCAACACAGAGAUUCUACUUUGCUGGGGACACAGGAUACUGUGAAGCAUUCAAACAAAUUGGACAUCGCUAUGGACCCUUUUCUCUUGCAGGAAUUCCAAUUGGAGCAUAUCAACCAAGGUGGUUCAUGCGUCCUCAGCAUGUUGAACCAGAGGAAUCGGUUCAAAUUCAUCUAGACGUCCGAUCGGAGAAAUCCAUUGGAAUUCAUUGGGGAACAUUCAAAUUAACUCAUGAGCAUUAUUUGGAGCCGAAGGAGAAGCUUAGAGAAGAAGUGGAGAAACAGAACCUUUCCCCUCAAGAUUUUAUCACGUUGAAUCAUGGAGAGAUUCGUCUUAUUUGCAACAAAAAACUAAAAGAACUUUUUUCUGAAAACUGCUGA